AUGCUGAAGCAUCCCAAACUGCCACUGCCACUGCUCCCUCCAUUGCUCUCCCAUACCUGUGUGCACCCUUUGGUUGAGGAACUGCCCUCAAAAUUCACCACCCCUACCCACAUCAUCACUGCCAAAAUGAUUAUGAGAGAUCCGGCAGUGCUUAUGGCAUUGAAGGAGUGGCCAAACUUUGACAAGAUCAGAGAUGCAACAGAUGCCAAUGUUGCAGACCAUCCAUGGUACCAGAUUGGAAGGCCCAUCAAUAAGGGUAAAGGGCAUGCGAUUCCAUUAGACCCACUUCAGACAAGUGACAAUGCUGCUGCCACCACCAAGACUUUGGAAGAACCCUGGCCAUCAGCCACAAUAUCCUCAGAACCCACCACUCCCACACAGCAGACCCAGAAGCAGCAGGCAUCUGCUAGAAGUAUGACACCUGCCACUGGCAAGACCACCACCUCAGCCACUCCAAGCUCCUGCAGGCAAAUUUUCAAUGGAGUGGUCAUCAUCACUCCAUCCUGGCAGCAGUCAGGUUGGCAGACAUCAAGCCUGGCAUCCCAGGGGGCAGCAACAUCCCAAAGCCAUCUCACUACCCCAUCCUGCCCAGUGACCCCCAAUGCCACCCCAAUGGAGCAUAUGGAAGAGGAGAUCACAGCAUUGUGGCAGCAGCAUAUGGAGAUGGCACAUGAUCUGCUAGAUACCUGCCACAAGCUUGUCAAUACCCAGCAGGCCCUUGCAGAUACCCAGACCAAGUUGCAGACACUUUGCAAUGUUGCCAAGGCCUUACGCCAGCAUCUGUACCUGUUGCCACACUCCUCACCUGAUGCACCUGGACCCUCCCACCCCUCCCCCAUCACCUUUGCAAUUACAAGUCAUCAAGCAGUCAUUCCCACUGAUGGUGCAAGGAUACUUGACCUUGUGCCCACUAUGAUGGUCCAGGAGGUUGCAAUUGAUACCAGCAUCCUCCAGAACCUCCCAGGUGAUAUGCUUUUAGCCCCUUCUACUCUCCUGCCACCCCUGCACUGUUUUGCAUACUCAUCCACCCCUGGUGUAGGAGAAGCCCAGCCCCCUAUCUAUGUCUCUUUGGGUGCAGUUGCCAACCAUGCUGGUGGGGAUGAUGCCAAUGAUGAGGAUGCCGCUAAUUGGAUGGAUGUAGAUUAA